AUGUCAGAUCCUUCCCUCCUCCCCCUAGAAAUAUUUGAUCAGAUCCUAAGGAGCAUUCAAUACAAUCAUUUUGAUGCAGAGAAGAAGCCAUACCGAUGCCUUGAACACUUCGCUCAGCAAUCGAAACAGCUGUUUGCAUGCAGCCUCGUGAAUCGUAGAUGGCACCGCCAUUCUAAUCCUCAUCUCUAUGCACGCUUCUCCUUCGACCUAGGGGGCAAUUCCAGCCAGAAACUCUGGCAUUUCUUACGUACUGUGCUGGAAAUACCGGAGUAUGCGGCACAUGUUCGGACAUUUCAUUACCAGGAUCAAUGGAUCCACGAAAAGGAGAUUCCCAAAAUAGCCAACAUGUUCUCUAAGGCAGAUUUGACCCUCGUCCUCAACGGCUUUCGAUCCGCAGGUCUCCAAAAUGGUGAAACAGAACUCAUCGCGCAACAUAGACAUGUUCACAGAUCGGAGUAUCUGAAUUUGAUCAUGGCCAACUUACCAAAUCUUACAAUGCUAAAAGCCGGUGCCUUAAAGUUGAGCAAACACCACGCGCUGUUCGAGGCUAGCGAAAAGCAAGCCUUCCGAACUCUGAGGGAUGUCACCUUCGGCCGUGUAGAGACCAUAUGGAGAUCAGCCUCUAUAUGUGCCGAGCAUUUGAUUCCUUUCUUCCAGCUGCCAACUCUACGAAAGAUGACAAUCUUCUAUGCCUACAGUGAUCCACAGUCCACCCAUUCGGACGCUCUCGAAACCCAUGCCAGCACUUCACCAGUCACAGAUUUGACUCUUGUUUACUCUCGAUACCACCUUCUCUGUCUCGCUGACGCCCGUGCACUGCUUCAAUUGCCCAAAUCACUCAAAUCGUUGUCGCUGAAUGUUAAGGCCGAAACUUUCAACUUCGAAAACCCAUCCCCCGGACCCGACGACAUUGUUACUCUACCCGACUUCGGUGAUAUUCUUAUGCAGCACAGCGAUUGUCUCGAAUACUUAGACUUAUUCUGGGAAGCUUCAUCGCUGCAGGAUGUAAGCUCACCCAAGGAUCCACUGGGUGUACUUCAGAAGUUUACUAGGCUCAAAACACUCUAUAUCGACAUACAUCUCAUAAUGGGGCUCGAGUUGGGAGAGCAGAGGCAUGUCGAUUGGCCAGUGUGUCUCAACGAAACGCUCCCUCCAACACUAGAAUCAUUAGUGCUCUAUGGCUUGUACGAUUACUGGAAUUACCAAGACAUAGAACCGUUCUUGACAGAUCUUGUACAAAGUCCUCGACAUCAUGAGUUACGAUCUAUCAUGAUCGAAGAAUUCUCGGAGGGCAGAAAAUGCUCCCUUGACUCCACGAACACCGCAGCCUUGAAGCAAAUUUGUGCAGAUAAAGGUGUCACUUUCCAGAUCGUAAAGUGCAAUCAACUUCCGCAGGGUGGAGCUCGAAGGACUGACGAGCCUGCCGACUUGUGA